CCAGGUCACACACGGGCCCUCACCAUGAAGGGCGUCCUCCUCUUGUGUGCCUUGCUGCUGGCCCCCCGCGGCAGUGGCAGUGACCCUGAGGCAGCCUGGCCCACACACAUGGCCUGCAGGAACGGGGACUUGCAAGUGUUCUACCAGAGCUGCGAUCCCUUGCAAGACUUCGGUUUCUCCAUCGACCAGUGCUCCAAACAAGUAAAGCCCAAUCUCAACAUCCGAUUCGGGAUCAUUCUGAGGGAAGACAUCAGCCACCUGUUCCUGGACGUAACUCUGCUCUCCAAGGGCGUGACUAUUCUGAACUACUCCUACCCCAUCUGUGAGGAGGAUCUCCCCAAGUUCUCCUUCUGUGGAAGAAGGAAAGGAGAACAGAUUUACUAUGCUGGUCCCAUCAAUAAUUCUGAAUUUGACAUUCCCCAGGGAAAGUACGAGAUUUUGCUGGAACUGUACAAUGAACACCGCUCUAUCGUGGCCUGCGCCAAUGCUACUGUCCUCUGCUCCUGACUGACCUGUGCUACAAGUCCCACCUCUUUGGAACUCCCGGUUCCCUGGACUGAGCCUGCCGUGGAAGAACUAGACAACAAUGGAAUCUCUAGAAGAAAAUGCCCCACACCCCCUGGAAAGUGCAGCUGCAACCUCCAGCCCGGGGUUAAAUGUCUGCAAACUUUCCAGGUGUCAUGAAGCCCCUGAAACUAUGUGCUCCAUAUGAGCCCCUUGGUAGCCCCUGAGGGAGGAAGGGAGAGAGAGAGAGAGAGAGAGAGAGAGAACUGACCCUUGAUGGGGCUGAACACCCAGGAACACAGCAGUCUCACCAGGGAUGUGAACUGGGAGAAAAUGAGCGUUCUUUGUCCUCCAAUCAGGUCUUCCCUUUGCCCCCGUCAUACACCUCCAACUCUGCCCUUGUACUCCCAAAAGUUGACAAAGUUUUGCUGGUUCAGAAAUCGCUGGCAGAAGCACCAGCAUCCCUGUCACUGGUUGGCACCCUGGCAGAGCAUGAGAACUAAAAUCAGGUCUAGAACUGGAGGCCAGGGGCCAGCAGGUAUUGAACCCGCAGCCUCAAGCCAAGCUCUCUGAGUAAUCAUGGGCCGGGGAGUGGGGGCAAGGGAUUGUAGCAGAUACUGAAAAUGACCAAGCAAUCUAAAAUUCCAAGAACUUCAUCUCUCUUGGGAAGAGAUACUGCUCUUUCAAAAAAAGAAAUAAAUGUUCGUU